CUGUCUGGUGCCGCAGCAGCAGCUACGGACAACAACACAGCGAGCUUCUUUCACUCGGUCAGCCGUCGACAGGAACCAAAUGCCGGGUAUCGAUGCUGUAAAAUAAAGUCAACGCUUCCCGGAGAAGCUAAGCUAACAAGCGAAGAAAUGGCCAGUCGAUUAGCAGGUACUCUACCUGAGCGGACCUUUCAGUACCAGAACAGUCUGCCUCCCCUGCCUGUACCGACACUAGAUGGAAGCCUUUCUAAGUACCUAGACGCAGUUCAUCCGUUUGCAUCAGAAGGAGAGUUCAAAGCUACAGUGGAGAUUGUGAGAAAAUUCAGAGAAGGUGUCGGAAAAGAGCUGCACCAGAAACUGCUGCAGAGAGCCCAAGAAAGGAGGAACUGGCUGGAGGAGUGGUGGUUAGACACAGCCUACCUGGAGGUCCGAAUCCCCUCCCAGCUGAAUGUAAACUUUGGCGGUCCCGGGCCGUACUUGGAGCAUUUCUGGCCUCCUGCUGAAGGAAGUUCUCUGCAGAGGACCAGUAUUAUAACAUGGCACACGCUGCAGUACUGGGACCUGCUCCGCACGGAGAGACUCGCCCCCCAGAAAGCUGGGAAAACCCCGUUGGACAUGGAUCAGUUCAGGAUGCUCUACUGCACCUGCAAGGUUCCUGGAGUGAAGAAGGACACCAUUCAUAACUACUUCAAGACAGUGAGCGAGGGGCCGUGUCCUUCCCACCUGGUGGUGAUGUGCCGCGGACGGAUUUUUACUUUUGAUGCACUGUUUGAUGGACAGAUCCUCAGUCCUCCAGAGCUCCUCAGGCAGCUGAUCUUUGUGAAGGAGCGCUGCGAAGGCGAGCCGGAGGGAGACGGAGUUUCCGCUCUCACAUCUGAUGAGCGGACUCGCUGGGCGAAGGCAAGAGAGCAUCUAAUCAGCAUCGAUCCGCACAAUAAGACGAUUCUGGAGACCAUUCAGAGCAGCCUGUUUGUCAUCUCCUUGGACGAAUCCAAACCCUACUCGAGUCCGGAGAACUACACCAAUCUGACAGCGGCGGGCCUCACAGGCAACCCGACCAUCCGGUGGGGGGAUAAAUCCUACAACUCAAUCGCUUUUGCAGACGGCACUUUUGGAUCCACCUGUGAUCACGCACCUUAUGAUGCAAUGGUUCUGGUGUCAAUGUGUUGGUAUCUUGACCAGCAAAUCAGAGCUACAGAGGGACAGUGGAAGGGCUCAGACAAGGUCAGGCAGAUCCCCCUCCCCGAGGAGCUGCUGUUUACUCUGGAUGAAAAAGCCCACAGUGACAUUCGUCAUGCCAAACAGCAGUAUCUGGAGUCUACCCAGGACCUUCAGCUUGUUUGCUACGCCUUCACAGCUUUUGGAAAAUCAGCCAUCAAGCAGAAGAAGUUGCAUCCAGACACUUUUAUCCAGCUGGCAAUGCAGCUAGCUUACUACAGAUUACACAAGAAACCAGGAAGCUGCUAUGAGACGGCAACGACGCGCAAGUUUUACCACGCCAGGACCGAGACCAUGCGGCCCUGCACACGGGAGGCUGUGAGCUGGUGCAAGGCCAUGAUGGACCCUGCGUGUGAUGCGAAUGGCAGGAGGAGCGCCAUGCUCUCAGCUUUUAAUAAACACAACAAGCUGAUGUCCGAGGCUCAAGAUGGAAAUGGUUUUGACCGACAUCUCCUUGGGCUUUAUCUCAUUGCUAAAGAAGAAGGACGUCCGACCCCUGAGCUGUUCUCUGACCCGCUUUACUCCAGGAGUGGCGGUGGUGGGAACUUUGUGCUGUCGUCCAGUCUGGUGGGCUACACAACAAUAAUGGGGGCGGUGGCGCCGAUGGUUCACCAUGGUUACGGUUUCUUUUACCGCAUCAGAGACGACAGGAUUGUGAUCUCCAUCACAGCUUGGAAGUCCUGUCGUGAGACAGAUGCAGCCUCACUCUUUAACGUCUUCUCCAGCUGCAUGCAUGAGAUGCUCCACCUGGCCACCACCGCUCAGCUUUAAGUACUUCUCCAAAACCAGGAGGAUAUCAUCAUUUCUUAAUCUUAUUCUGUGCACAUGCAGCUCAGACUGAGUUUAACCCGACAGCUAGAUCAGUGCAAAUCAAUGCAAACGAGCAAAUCAAUGCAGUGUGCUCCUGUAUAGGAGCUCUACUAAUUGUAGUAUUUUUAAAUUCCUUGUAGGCAUUAAUUUCUGUUAUAAAUUCAUAUUGUGUGUACAUGUAUUUCUUUUAAUUUUCUAGAUUUGACGUAAAAUUUGUUGAUUUGUAUGCAAUUGUUGUAACAACAACAAAAAAAAAAAAAAAAAAAAAAAAAAUUUUUCGCCUUAAAAAGCCCCUGAAUCACCCUCCUUGUUGAAAUCAAAUUUUCUGAAAUAUGAAACAACCAGUUCUGGCUGUGAAGGGAAUAGUCUUUAUCUGAACAGAGCUUUGUCUAAAUAUCCCUAUUAAUGAAGCUCAGCAGCUCAUUAAAUGAACAUAAUGAUCACUGAUACUCAUAUAAAGAAAUCUACUAGUUUGAGGGUGAGGGCAGCUGAUGCAUUCUGGCAUUAAUGUAAAAUGUCUCUGCUGAUUUGUAGUAGACAUUGUGCACUGAAAUCUUUUAAAAUAUUCAUGCCUUAAAAUGGACUGUUCCACACCUCUGCCUUCUUUAAACAUCCUCAGAUCUGUGAUUAUGCAAGCUGACUCUACCUCUUCAUGAUAAACAAAUGGAUUCAUUACCUUUGAUCUACGAUGGAUUCAUUAAAUUCAUUUAAAUUGUUCAUUUUUAGAACUUUUAAGGCUCCACAAAAGCUUUGGCUCCCAGUGUUUGGGUGUUGCUGCAUGUAAGAAAAUACAUAACAAAUGUGGUUUUUACAACCUUUGAACUUUCCCACAUUUUAUUAUGUGAAAACCACAAACUUGAAUGUAUUUUAGUGGGAUUCCCUGUGACAUAAUUGUGCAUAAAUGCAAAGUUAAAUAAUGAUAAUUGGUUCCCACAUUUGUACUUUUGUCAGUACUUAGUUUGUAGAACCACACUUAAGAAGCGGCGUUUGGAUGAAGAGCAUCUGUGAUUAUUAAUAAAUUUUGUAUUUAAUCAUGAAGAAAAA